UCAUUCCUGUUUUUGCAGCGUUGUUGCAGCAUAUAUCACGAGUUGCUGAUGACCAGUUCAGACUAUGUUCCUGUUUAGAAAUGUAUUUUUUUCUUCACUGGGUUUGCCUCACAUCGUCAUAAAUCUUGAAACAUUUUCUCCGUUUUCGAACAGCAGAACCAGAAACUGUCAACUCUGUAACUCUGCAAGUUUCCUGCAUGUUGAUGAGAAAGCUGAUAAACAAAAAUGCACUUUGUAGUUGUGAACAAUGCAAACUUGCGGCAAAUCCCCUUUUCUGCCACUGAAGUUGAUUUACAUCACAUUACUCCCAGUUCUGGAGGCACAAGGAGUCAAUGUCUGGCCUGAAGUGACUGGAUACCUCGGGCAUGAUGUCACCCUGCCAUGCCAAUUGAUCGCAGCAAAAGAAAAUGCCAAUAUUACACAGGUUCAGUGGGAUCUCCUGCAACCAGAAGGAAAAUCUAUCACUAUUAUUGUUUUUAGUCGCCAGCUUGGGGUGAGCAUUCUUGAAUCUUCUCUGAAGGAGAGACUGGAGAUUACUGAACAAUUGCUGCUAAUUAAAAACGUUGAAAUGAGAGAUGCAGGGUCAUACAAGUGCACCAUUGCAACCUUCCCUCUUGGUUCAUUUGAAGGAAAAACCAACCUUGUUGUUCGAGAACAGAUGCCGUUAUCACCAGGGUUGGUUUCUGCUAUAGUGAUUGCUGUCAUGCUGCUGGUUGGGAUUUUUGCAACCAUCGCAUACUUGAUUUUCAUCAGAAGGCAUGAUUCUUCAGUCAGACACCGUGUCUUCAUUGAUACAGGUGGAACGGCGACAGUUCCACCUGAGGUGGCCAGGCCAUCUGUUAUUGUGAGAGACCAGGAUGUGGUCUACUCUGACGUCAAGUUCAAACCAUUCGAUGCGACACCCUCAUCCAAUAAUCAACACACAGACACCACGUAUGCCGAUGUCACAUAUGCCAAGGUUGUUCUGGGUCAGCAGCCCAAAUGAGGAUGGAAAAAAAUGUUUUUUUAAGGUUUUAAAGCUGCUGUGUGCAAGUUGCAUUUAACAUAAUAUUGGUAUCAUUUAGUGAAAUCAGCAUAUCCAUACAUGUAUCAAUAGAUCACCUGCACCUUCUUUUGAUGCUCUCACAUAUGUUUUUUUAAAUGGGCAUAUGCCAAACCAAGGGAUGACAUGUGUUUCCUCUAUAGUAUGAUAACAGGAGGUAUAAAAGUCAUGUAACAAAUUUAUCUGACUUAUCAGAGCUUUCAUCAGCAGUGCAGUCCUUAAAUAAUGAAACUAAGAGUCUAUAGCCAUGCUAGUGGCUCUUAAGAUGUGAUGUUUAGCAGGUCUGAUGUUUACCAUUUUCACUGUGUUGGUUUAGCAUGUUAAAAUGCAUAAAUUUGAAAGUAUUUGAUCAUAAACUAAAGUGACUGUUUGAACUGAUGAGGUUGCAAGAUGAAAUGUCAGGAAAGUCAUUAAUGGGGGAAAAACACUUGCGCUGUCAUCACAGCUGGACCAUCUUCACCGUGAGAGACACAAAAAAAUGUGAUGAAGACACACAGAUUAGUGCUGUUCUAUUUCGACAGAGUAAAGCUCAUCCCACAGAGUUCUUGUUCCUCCUCUGGUAACCAUUAAAGGACAGAGAUAGAAAGACAAGGAAGUGGGAAGUUGCGUGAAUGGAGAACUAAGUCAGAAAUGCAAAAACCAGUAUGGCAUGUCAGUGUUUGCAAGAAAGUGUUUAGUUUCUUCUGUAAAAUUAACUUUCUGGAUUCCUAUUUUACUGUGUUUUUUUAACUAAUUGGACAAUCAUGAUGUUUAGAUACCAUUGUCCGUCUCUCUGCAGCUCAGUUACUAUCCAGCAUUUUCAUAUGAGCCUUUUUAGGGUUAAAGGGUUUUAGUCAAAGAGGAUGACUAGAGUGGUUGUACUCUUUCAAAUUUUUGUUCUGUCCUAUUUCUACCUGUUACCCCAAACCUAUCUACAGUGGUUUUAAACCAAAAUCAAGAAUUGCAUGUCAUGAUUCAUGGUUUGUAAUGGUUCAAUGGUUUGUAAUUUCAGGCCAUAUUCUGUCUGCUUUAGGUCUCUUGUCCAGAACACUGCUCAGGGUUAAUGUCAUAAUCACGUCUACGAGUGUUGCAGUAUGAGCAUGCCUGAUGUAAAAAGGUGACAAAAUAUGGUUUGCAAAAUUGCUGUAGAGGUGCAAACCAUCACUGAACAUUACCAACAGUCACUGUGUCUCACCUGGUAGUUUUGAAACAGCGUUUCCUGACACUGUCAUUUUGUGGGUGUAAGAUAAUGUCUGCUACACUCACUGUGUUGUCAGAACAUGUGAAAACAUAAUUAGCGUAUUGCUUUGCAAACAUGGGAAGUCUUUACAUCUAAUUUUGAAUGUGUUGAGGUUGUGCGAAAGUCAGGGCUUAAGAAAUCUGAUUACAAUCACUGUAAUGCUUAUGAAAUAUACCAGUCCUGUAGACAGAAAUGACAGCGCACAACUUAUCUCAACCUUUUCUUAAGAAUGUAACAUUGUUUGUGGCUGUUGUUGCUUAAUAAAGUUUUGACUUUUCCCAUUACAUAUCAA